AUGAUGUUAAAUAUAUAACGUGGAGACCCUUAGUAAGAGGAAACAUAAUUAGAUGAUGAAGAAAUUAGAAACUUAAUAAAUUCCUUCAAUAUUGAAGAACUAAGAAAUCUUCUUUAGUAACAAGAUAAAAAAUUCUGGUUCAUUACAAGGCACGGUAAUUACUUAUUAGAGGUGAUUGAAUAACACCUAGCCAGGGUUGUAACAGAACUAUAAACGAAUCCUAAAUAUGACUGUUCCCAACUUUUAGAAUUUCUUCAAGAAAAUACCAAGAUCCCUUUUGCAUAGGAAUUAAUUCCUAGUUCAGAGAAUUUACUCAAGAUAAUCGAAUAUACAGAAGACUUACAUAUUUAUGAUUUAGUUUCUUCGAUUCUAUUGUCAGGUUCUAAUUAUAUGAUAAGAAGAAAAAUUGAGAAUCUUCCAAGAAUUUUAUAUUUUUGGAAAAUCCUCUAUAAUCAUAUUAAUUUUCUUGGUGCUCAAAAAAUCAAUUUACUUGACUAUUAUUAUGACGAUCCUAAGUAUCGAGAACUCUGCCAGGAACCAAUUGAAUCUCUGCAGUUUGAUAUUGAAUAUUAUGAACCUACCUAAUUAGAUGAAAGUUAUGAAGAAUUGUAAAAAAAUUUUCUUCAUUAGAAAAAGUUGGAAGGGUAAUUAUUAAAAAAAAAAAUAUCAAUAGCAGACGACAAUUCAACAUCAGCUCUUGCAUUGUCUAGAAAUCUAUUAAAUCUACAAAAUUAGCCUCUUUCUCCAUUAAUAGAAAUAGUAAAAUAUCGAAUCCUAAUUUAACGAGGUUUAUAAACAGAUCCAAAAAAAACUAGGAAAAUUAUAAUAGGAUUACAUUUAAAAUCAUUAAAAUUUUUGGGAUAAAGAAUUCUAAAAAGCAUUUUUAAGGGUUGUUACAAUUAAAUAAUUGGAAAGUUAGAAUAAACUGAUAAUGAUAACUUAUUCCGACUGGAAACCAUAGAACCUAUGUCAUUAGAGUAAGUAAUUAAUAUUCCAGAAUACCAUUUUAAUAUUUCAGGAAGUGAAAGGCAUUAAGAGUUAUUAUUAAAAUUGAUAUCCGAUGUAUUAUCUAUGAACCAUAUUGAAGAAAAUGAAUAAAUUUAAGGUUAUCCUUUAAAAUAUAAUUCAACAAUACUGAGUUAAUAAUUAGCAAUGGAUGGUCGAUUGACUUCCUGCAUCCUAAUAAAUUUUUAUCUUAUUUCAUUUAGAAAUGCAUUUUUCUCUUCAGAUAUAAUGAAAUUGCUAAUAAGAGUCCUUAAUAUUUAAGAUAACAAGUUAAUGCUUCCUCCUGAAUAAUUUGGAGAUGCAUUGUCACUCUACAAUUGGUUGUGCUUAAAAAAUCAAGAAAACCUAAGUCAGAAUUUCGAUGAUCUUUUAUCCAUAAUUGGUCAUUACGUAAAUUAAGGAUAAAACUUGCAAAAGCCAAGUCAAAAGGGUUAUGUCCAAAUUAGUGAUAAUGAAGCAGAUUCUAUAAUGACAAAAUGUAUUAAAAUUCUAUCUUAAAAUUAUGAAUUUAUGUAAUUUGAUAGAGACAAUAUUUUUGAAACUAAUCAAACAAUAAAUAUUGACACUUUGCUAACUAAUAAAAUUUUAAACUCAGAUAUAUUAAAGUGUUUUGCUGGCAAAUUAAGUUAACAAGCCUAGCUUACAAACACUGCGUAACAAGCUUUAUACUUUAUUUCUUGUUUAACUUAAGCAGCUCCUGAUUAGACUGAAAAAAUUAUUGAAUCCAAGACACCUGCAAUCUUGAAUGAUAUAAUUCAAAAUAUAAAGGUAGAAGAAUUAGACCUUAAAAAGACAAUUUAUAUAUUAAAAUUUUAUCGAAAUAUUUGUCUAUAAGAAAAGGGAUUUGAUCACUUUAGCAAUUAAGCUAUAAGAUUCUUACAUAAUCUAUUACACUAUAAUUUAGUUGUUUAAGAUAAUAACAUAAUGUAAUGGAUAAAUCGAUUAAACCAAAAUAUAAGAGACAUUAUUCAUUUAAAUAAUAGGAUGGUAGGGUUAUCAAUUGAACCUAUUCAAUAAAUCUAUUAAUAAUUAUUAGAAUAAUUAAAUAACAGAAUCAAAAAUUUGAAAUUCGAUUAAGAAAGUAAAACAGAAUUUAAAAAGAUUGUUUAGAAAAAAAAUGCCAUUCUAACUUUGAAUAUGAAUAUUCGUUUGAGUUCUGAUGGAAUUAUAGAUGUAAUAACAGGAUUGUUUAGAAUUCCUAGCUUCACCAAUUUUUAUUCUUCAUUAAUUUAACCUAAAAAAAUAAUAGAAAGAGUCUUAUAGAUAAUAGAAUCAUGGGAAGCAGAAUUAGGAUAAACAUUAGACAAUGCCUAACUUCAAUAUUUAGAUGAAAAAAAGUUAUUUGAUUAAUUUUCACCUUAAAAUUUAACGAUAGUUGGUCGUUUUUCAGAAAUUUUUCACUAUUUUUCUGCUAUUAAUAUUGAACAAAUUAGAACAUCUACUAAAGAUUUAAAGUGCAAAUUAUUAGAAAAAUUAGGUCCUAUGUUUGGAAUGGUGAUAGUCACUAAAGAUUCUGAAUAAUUGAAAAAUCAUUAAAGUAAGUUUUCUGAUGUUGGAAUAUUAAUUGGUUUAUUUUAGGAUCUAAUAAAGUUAGAAAUGAAUCAAUAUUUAGAACCUAUAGGUAGGUUUUUUGAUAAACUAAGUUCAUACUUAGUUUCUUGUCCUAAUGCUACUCAAUAGUUACUCCUAUUAAUAUCUACAUUAUUACAAACAAUUCCCCCAGCUUUCUAAACAAAGCUUUAAAUUCUUCUUAUCAACUCUUCAUUUAAGAAUAAUUUAUUAAAUGCACUAAAGAAUUAUAAUGAAAUUGAUCAAUAAAACUCAAUAAUAACAAAGGAGUUAAAAUAAUACUUUGAAUUAGUGUUUAAAUAUUUAUAUCAAUUUCCAAGAAGUAAAGAGGAUUUAGCACACAUACUUCCGAAGAUAAUUUAGGAUGUAUAAUCUCUUUAUUAAAUUUCCAUCGAUUCAUAUCAAGAGAACCGAAUCACAAUCAUUGAAUUUUUAAUUAAAAAGAUAAGCUAAAUAUUGAAACCUGAAUUUUUAAAUUCUAAUUUGAGUUAAAAUCCUGAAUUAAUAAAUGUAGUAGAAGAAAUGGGCUAUUCAAGACAACUUAUUUCAGAAGCAUAUAAUUUGAAUAUUGUCUUCAAUAGUCCAGAGGAUUUGGUUCAUUAUUUAGAAGAGAAUAGGAAUUUACUUGAAUAACGAAUACAAUAAGGCCAAAAAUAAGAAAACUUAAAUUUAGAAUUGAUUUAAGCUUAAAAAGAAUCGCUAAAAAGCUACGUAACAACAAAUAUUUUAAGAUUUCCAAUAUCUCAAGUAUUUUUCCUAAAUUUCCCAGGAAUAGAGUUUGAUCAGAUGGAAUUGUUCAAGUAUUUAUUGCAUACAGCUUAUGAACAGUUUAAUUUAAAAUUAUACUUCUAAGGGGUUGAAUUUGAGAAUACAAGCACUCCUCCUCCUUGGAGCAUUGUGGUGAUUUUAAAAUUGCUUAGUUAAUAAAAACACUUUACUGAAAAAUAAGACUUAAUAGCAAUUGAGAUGAUAAAGAUACUUGAAAAGAUAUUGCAAUAACCAGAAAUAUGCAAGAAUGGUAUUUAAGCAAUUAAUUUUACAUUGUCUAUUAUGACUAAGUUAAUCACAAACAAUCAAGAAGUCAUAAACUUGCUACUAAACGGAAUAAAAAAAAUACUUGAUUUACAAGUUUAGGAUGGGAUUACUGUAUAGUGGUGCAUUGAUGUAUUAAUUAAAGUCUUUUCUAAGUAACAAAUAAUCAAUAAAUCAAUUUAUUUCAGAAUUUGGGGGGUUAGAAUUGCUUUACAAAUUAUAAGGAAAACAAUUAAAUCAUACAUCUAUAUUUGGUAGAUUGGCAAUAGGAAUAACUACUGA